GCGGCCGCUACGCCAGCCCGGGGAUCGGGAGGAGCCCGCAGGCCGCGGCCCCCGGGACCGAGCCGGGCUGACAGAGGCCGCCCCACCCCCGCCGGGCCCGGCCUGCAGAGUUGUUCCUUGGAGUGUGUUCCUCACCUUCCCCAAUGUGAGCGCAUUGGGUCAACACGGACAAGGGCCUCCUCUUGUCUUCAAGACACUCUUGCUUCUGGUUUCCAUUUAGUUUAUCCAAAAAACUUGAGACAGGAUCUAAUGCAAAGCGCUCCCUGCUGCUGAUACCUAGAGAGUGGGCUGGAUUCCCCACCCCCAGUUCAGGACCAGCUGCUGGGAAUCAGUAUCUUCUGAAUUGAUCCCCUCAACCGAGAAGCUGAAGCUGUGUCUGCUAAAACCCCAUUUCUUUUUCCCAAGCAUGUCAGAAAGCUGGCAGCAGCAGCAACAACAGCAGCAGCAGCAGCAACCACAACAGCAACAACAUCACGCCGGGACAGCAGCUCUCCCAGAGCACUCGAUCCCUUCGAGCACAGCUGAGAACCCUUUGGGUUGCGCUGUCUACGGCAUCCUGCUCCAACCAGACCCCAAUCCGCAGCAUCACCAGCCCCCCCCGAUCCAGGCUGGAGAGCCGUCCCACAAAUGCGGCGUGUGCGGCCACGACCUCACUCACCUGUCCAACCCACAUGAGCACCAGUGUCUGCCAGGGCACGACCGCUCCUUCCAGUGCACUCAGUGCCUGAAGAUCUUCCACCAGGCCACUGACCUUCUUGAGCACCAGUGCAUCCAGGUGGAACAGAAGCCCUUCGUGUGUGGGGUCUGCAAGAUGGGCUUCUCCCUGCUGACCUCCCUAGCCCAGCACCACAACGUCCAUAAUGGCAGCGCCAUGAAGUGCUCCAUCUGUGAGAAGACCUACAAGCCAUCUGAGGCAGAGCACUCCCAGGCCCUCGACUCGUUGGAGAAGCCCUACACCUGCUCCAUUUGCCAGAAGACCUUCAAGCACCUGUCGGAGCUCUCGCGGCACGAGCGCAUCCACACCGGCGAGAAACCUUACAAGUGCACCCUGUGCGACAAGAGCUUCAGUCAGUCGUCGCACCUGGUGCACCACAAGCGGACGCACAGCUCAGAGCGGCCGUACAAGUGCACGGUGUGCGAGAAGACCUUCAAGCACCGCUCGCACCUGGUGCGCCACAUGUACGCCCACUCGGGCGAGCACCUCUUCAAGUGCAGCGUCUGCGAGCUGCACUUCAAGGAGUCGUCGGAGCUGCUGCACCACCAGUGCACGCCCAGCGGGGAGCGCCCCUUCCGCUGCGGCGAGUGCCACAAGUCCUUCAAGCGCCCCUCGGACCUGCGGCAGCACGAGCGCACGCACAGCGAGGAGCGCCCCUUCAAGUGCGACCUGUGCCAGAUGAGCUUCAAGCAGCAGUACGCGCUCAUGCGCCACCGCCGCACCCACAAGGUGGAGGAGCCCUUCAAGUGCAACCUGUGCGAGAAGGGCUUCGUGCAGCCCUCGCACCUGGUCUAUCACCAACACGUGCACGGCAUAGAGAACCUCUUCAAGUGCAACGUGUGCCAGAAGGGCUUCAAUCAGUCCUCAGAGCUGCUGCGGCACAAGUGCAUGCAGAAUGCCGAGCGGCCCUUCAAGUGCACCGUGUGCAACAAGUCCUACAAGAGGUCCUCGGCCCUGCAGAAGCACCAGCUGUCGCACUGCGCCGAGAAGCCGCUCAAGUGCACUCUGUGCGAGAGACGCUUCUUCUCCUCCUCGGAGUUCGUGCAGCACCGCUGCGACCCGGUGCGCGAGAAACCCCUCAAGUGCCCCGACUGCGAGAAGCGGUUCAAAUACGCCUCCGACCUGCAGCGGCACCGGCGCGUGCACACGGGCGAGAAGCCUUACAAGUGCCCGUCGUGCGAGAAGGCCUUCAAGCAGCGUGAGCACCUCAACAAGCACCACAGCGUGCACGCCCGGGAGCAGCAGUACAAGUGCAUGUGGUGUGGGGAGAGGUUCCUGGACUUGGGCUUGCUGCAGGAACACAGCGUCCAGCACACUGCCGAGGGGGCGUACCAGGUGGCGGCCUGUUUGCCGUGAGGCACCUUGGCAGGCUUCAGCGUGCAUGCAAACCUCCUCAACCGCCCUCUUCCCUUCCCUGAUCAUACAGGAUCGAUACUCGUACCUAGGUUGGGCAGCGGGAGAUGGGCUGCCGGCCUGGUUGAUAAUGCUCUGGUCACUUUGUUCUAGUCCACCUGUAUUAGUGUCUUAUGAUCUGAUGGACAAUGUGUGAAGAGUCCAGGGCGGUGGAGGAGAAGGGAAGCAAAUAGUGAAAGCAAAUCAAAUACCUGCUUGUCCUCUUCUGGAUUGUAGUUCAUACUGCACCUGCAGUUCAGAGGGACGUGAGUUUGCAGGUCUCUGCUCAGCUGCCCCCAGGGACUAUAGCCCUUUCCACACUCCCUCUAGUAACGAGGUUCCCUGAGAGAGCCGGCUGACUGUCCCUGUCCUUCAGAGAGGCUCAGGAACAAUCCAGACCCAGGCAUGACUUUCUCCCCAGGCAUCGCUGCUCUGCAGUGAACCAGCAGGCAUCCAUUUUGGGAGCCUUCCUGCUUGUUAGUCCAAAUACAGUUAAGUUGCUUAAAGGCAGUUUUGAGUCAGUAGCACUGGUUGACCAAAUGGUCCUUGGAGCUCCCCAGACGUACUUCUCAACAGUGAGCAGAAGGGAACAGCAUCAGGACUGCUGUGCUCCAAAUGUACUAAGUCCAUUGCUGCUUUUCUUUGCUGGCUGUAGAAGUCUGCAAAGGAUUCUUUCCCUCUCACAUGACCGCCAGGAACUCUGGUGCAGUCUAAGGGUUACAUGAGUGCUGCACGGUAUUUGGAGAAGUUGGCUAGGUCAAGCCUCUAGAUCGCCAGUAGUCCUGGCUAUAAUUGGCUGAGAACCUUAAGUUUGCAAGCUGCUCACCUGGGGAGAGUCUCUGAAUUUUCCAAGAGUUCAGCUGGCUUGAGGUAUAGCUCUGCUAUUAAGUCUUAAAACUGCUGCCAACACAAGCCCUUCUCUCGUAGGGCUACUCCGUGAUGCCCCUGGACAAGGCAUACAAUCCCAGCUUCAGGGACCUCUGUGCUGAAAUAAAGAGAGGUCUCUGGGUGGGAUCAGCAGUAAAACACUAAGGGGUAGGGGAAACACUGCUAUUAAAGUACAACUUGGAAAAAAAAACAGCAAAAGAGAAGUUUGUUUAGAAAUGAAUUUGAGGAUUUGGGAUUGUAAUUGGGAGUUAGGAGCCUGUAACUCAGGUUCAAAUUCUGUGGCAUUAAAUUGUGAUCUUACGGGGCAUGACCUCUUUAUUCUGCUCAGUCAGUGAGUAGAGGAGAAUUAAUUCUCUCCUGUGUAAUUGGCUUCUUGGGAAGGGAUGGUUAGCAGAGGGUCAGGGAUGAAUGUUUUCCUUUCUGGGAGUCCCUGUGGACCCCUCUCUUUGGUCCCUUAUCCCACCUGUAUCCUUCAUGGGAAUUGCAUCUUUAUAUUGCAACUAGGAACCAUUUAAAAAAAAUCACCAUAAGCUGUUUUCCCAUUUGACAGGGCAGAUCCAGCCCCAAAAGCUGUCGUCUACAGAAUAUUGUUGGCUUCUCACGACCAAGGGUUUUUCAGCUAAAGUUUGGCACUUCCUAGGCCAGGGGAGUGCCUGCUGCAUUACCCAAAAUCCUUUCCUUGCCACCAGCCUGGCUGGCUAGUGUUUGAAUUGGGGGUACACAGGUUGCAACUAGUGAGAACAGGAUGUUGGUCAGACUACCUGCAUGCUGCCCAAAUGGAUAAGGUCACAAAAGCAGUUCCAUUGUGGGCAACGGACACCCACGUUAACCCUGUAAAAAGUUAAGUCAUGCCUGUUUUCUCUCAAAGGAUCCCCUACUCCAUGUCCACUUCCAGCACCAUAAAGAGGACCAGAGCUUAUUUCCACAGGGGGCUGGAAAAGUUGAAUUAACAGGUCCCAGCAGGGCUGAGUUUUCCUCACGAGCAGCUUUAAGGCGUUUAAAUGAACCUCUGGCACCUGAGGAGUGAAGACUCAGUCAGUGCUCUUUGUAUUUCGCGCUGCCUCAGAGACGUAGAACCGACUUCUACCAAGUUUUUUGUCUGCGUUUAUUUUGCAUUUUGCUUUUUUAAAAAAGCAGUUUGUUAAUAUUCAUUAAAAGAAAUCCUGUAUAGUUUAAUUGGAUGUCAUUUUGGAUCUUUAAAAAGAGAGAUUCAGUUCUAGGUAGCUGGUUUUUGAUGUUAAUAUAUAGAGUUCAGUGUAUCCUUAACUAUAGGAGUAAAACUGAAACAAAACCAAGAAAAGCUAAUCUUGUUCAGGUUGUCUUUAUAAGUGGGUAAGACUGGGGGAGUCAGAGGUGGCGGUGGAGGGGCCAUCACUAAUGGAAGUUGAAAUUCAGGAUAUGGGGGGAGAACUGAGGAACCAGGUUAUUCAACAUGCAAUACAUUUGGCUAUAGAGACUAUUUUUGUUCCAGCUGCAGAUCAUUUUACGUUUUGCACAAAUGCCUUUGAGACAUCCACUGGGAACCACCAACGUUGGUGAAUUUGCUCAUAAGGUGAUAAACACAUUUAAAAUUAAAGAUCAAGAAUGGCUCCCAGUGUCCUCCCUCAUUUUGUUUUGAUGGCCAGAAGCAUUGAUAGUUCAGAACCGACAGGUAAAUGUUCUGCAGUAAACUGCGCCACCAAGAUUGGGUAACAGACCUUGCUGGUGGUGCUCUGCCAGGUACUGUGUUCAACUUGGCUGUGGAGAGACCAGAAAGUGGAUUAAUGAGGUUCUGCUGUAGUUAAACAGCAAACAAUACAUUUAUUGUCGGUGGCAAAUACCACACCCUUGUCAAUAGAUAAGAGGAAUGCUGUAAAGGCGGAUCUGAAUGUAUAGUAGGCAGCAGUGAUGUGGCACCUACAGUCUCCUAACCCCUUUCAAGUAGAGAGAGAAAUUAUUGGCCAGAUAUACAGGCUCCUGUUGCAGCUCUCCAAUACUACUUUUAUUCCCCUCUUCCUCUCCUCCGACUCUUGUUUCUGUCCCGUCCGCUUCAGAGCACCAGCUAACUCUGGAUGCAAAGGAUCUGUUCUCAGCUUAGUACCUCUCCCUGGUUUUUGUAACCGAUUUAGGAGCCUGUGAAUCCAGGCUAAACCUCAUUGUGUUCCCCCCUGGUCUGGUGCGUUCUCAUGCUGUCUGCUCCAGCCGGGAAAUCAAUGAGCUGCUGAACUGUUCAGGGCGGGAGCAGGGAGCUAGGCAGCACAGCAUGGAGCUGGUACCCUGGCUGCUCUGUGCUGGAGUGGGCAGCUGACCUCAGUAGUGGCAGAAGGACAGCAGUUCUGUCUUUCCUGCUGUGUGAGUUAUUUCUAGGGUAGUCCCCAAAACGGGGAUGGUUGGUGAUAAACUGGAAGGGGACGGAGAGGAUGUUUGUAUUGCAUAGUUGAGAGAUCUGGUCCUUUUCUGAGGCAGGAAUGCUUAAUUACACAGUUAAGGGAUGGAGGAUGCUGAUGUACAACUGGAGUCACCGGAGGGUCUUCAUUUGUAAAGUAAAUAGCUGGUAAAUCACAACCGAGCACUGCCCCUGAUGCCAGUGUUACAGGAGGGUUAGGUUUGUGCACAAGUGGCUGGCCAGGCCCUUUGCAUGGGGGCUGCUCAUUUCCACCCACUGUAAGACACCUUCAUGCUGCCAGAGCACCAUAAAAGGGUCUUAGUGUAACGGAAUCAGGCCCAAGAUCCGUUGAAUCCAUGUCCAGUCUGUGGAAAUGCAGUUCAUAUCUGUAACCCUGCAAGCUCAAGACAUUUAUUUCUCAGGUCUGUACGCACCCAGGGCUGUUACCCAGCUCUCGAGUAGUGUAGCCGCAUCCCAGGAGCCCUAAUAGAUAGUAAAUGUUGAGGUGACAGGACUGCGGGAAAGGAUCUGGGGGUUAUAGCAGAUCACAAAUUGACUGAGUCAGCAAUGUGAUGCAGCUGCCAAAAAGGCUGAUCUCAUUCCAGGGUGCACAUGUCAGACACGGGAGGUAACUGUCCCCAUUCUACUCGGCACUGGUGAGGCCCCAGCUGGAGUACUGUGUGCCUGACUUUAGGGAAGAUGUGGACAAAUUGGAGAGAGUAUUGGGGGGCAACACAAAUGAUGAACUGUUCAGAAAACCUGACCUAUGAAGAAAGGUUAAAAAAACUGGGUAUGUUUAGUCUUGAAGGACUGAGGGGGGAAUUCUUAAGGGCUGCUAUAAAGAGGAUGGUGGCCAGUUGUUCUCCAUGUCCACUGAAGGUAGGGCAAGAAGUAAUGGGCUUGAUCUGCAGCAGGGGAGAUUUUAGGUUAGCUGUUAGGAAAAAAAUUUCUAACUAUAAGGGAAAUUAAGCUCUGGAAUAGGCUUCCAAGGGAGAGUGUGGGAUUUCUUAAGAAGAGGUUGGACAAAUAGCUGUCUGGUAUGGCCUCAGUUUACUUGUUCCUGCCUCUGCCCAGGGAUUAGAUGACCUCUUGUAUAUGGCCAUACCUGUGAUUGGAAGUGUUAAAAUGCUGUUCCUGGGACAAGGGCAGGGUGUGGACAAGUUAUGUGGUAGAAUUGGUGCUAUAGCCCUCGAUUUUUAUUAGGAAAAGAAAAUUGUUUAACUACAAGCUGUUCCCUUAAAGAUGUUUAGCUUGGGCAGAAGAGAGUUGGUUUACAUAGCUGUGCCUUUCAGAGUCGGGUGUUUUUUUAAACUGGAGUAAGUGGUAGAAAUAGUAGAACAUCCUCUUGCAAGAGAACCUCCCUGGUUCUGCUUCUGGGGGGGCUCGUGCAGCUGAUACAAUGGCUGCCUUUCCAAAGCGGGUUAUGACGACACCAUCCUACGGGGCGGAAGGGCUCAUCCACUAUUGACUGUUUUAGUUGACAUUUUACUUUCAAACCAAAGAGCAAAUGUGGCCAAAGCCUCUAUAGGGUAAAAUGUGUUAAACUCUGUACCUGUGUUGCACUUCCUUUCUCCUCUGUUCUGACGUUUAGAGAGAGACGGCUGGAGUAUCCGUAGCCCCACCCUCUGGUUUCAAAAGAUACUCCUCCGUCUGCUCAUGGUACCUAGCAGUCCCGGCCAGCUUUAUCUCAGUCUUGAUGAAAUAUUAUUCAACGAUGAGUUUAGCUGCCCUGAGUGUGGGAAGCCAGGCACAGUAGCUCAAUAGCUGCAAGAUGUUAUUGGCUAGAUGGGGGUCCAUCUUGUGUGUGGCGGUUUCUCUAGCGUGAAGCCCUAGAAGAUCAGAAGAACAGGAAUGAAAAGACGGAACUUUUGGAAACUCUACAAAGAUGGGAUGGUGCGGGGGGUGGGAGGAUACCUACGUUGUACCUCUGCAGCCAAGCAACUGGCUUGCAGUUAAUGCAUUCAGUUCUUCAUAGCUGUAUGUUUGCCUCCAGCAAGGAGAGAUUCCUUCUUAUCCAUCUCUUUCUGUCCUUCUCCCUUUUCCUGUUUCCCUUCCUUCAAUGUAGCCACAGGAUGCCUUGACAUCUUUUUAUUUUCUCCCUCCCCGUGUCUCUUGUGCGCUCUUCAGCAGCCUUUGGGGAUUAUCCUUUUAUAACCACCUCUGGGUUUCUUUGCACCUCUUAUGUUGGCUUUGCUCUUUGUAAAGGAUGGUACAUUUUUUCCCUUUUGCCAUUUUGAUUAUUUUUCUACUGUGGAUUUCUUUGAAAUAAAUACCUUUCGGAGACCA